AGCCAGCAAGGGUACCCAGGCACCCAAGUUGACUGAAAACUUCUGUGUCUGCCAUUUGGCUACGGGGGACAUGCUGAGGGCCAUGGUGGCUUCUGGCUCAGAGCUGGGAAAAAAGCUGAAGGCAACUACGGAUGCUGGGAAACUGGUGAGCGAUGAAAUGGUCGUGGAGCUCAUUGAGAAGAAUUUGGAGACGCCUCCACGCAAAAGUGGUUUUCUUCUAGAUGGCUUCCCUCGGACUGUGAGGCAGGCAGAAAUGCUUGAUGACCUCAUGGAGAAGAGGAAAGAGAAGCUUGAUUCUGUGAUUGAAUUCAGCAUCCCAGACUCUCUGCUGAUUCGGAGAAUCACAGGAAGACUGAUUCACCCCGAGAGUGGCCGUGCCUACCACGAGGAGUUCAACCCCCCAAAGGAGCCCAUGAAAGACGAUAUCACCGGGGAACCCUUGGUCCGCCAAUCAGAUGACAAUGAGAAGGCCUUGAAAAUCCACCUGGAGACCUAUCACACCCAGACUGCCCCGCUGGUGGAGUACGACAGUAAACGGGGGAUCCACUCUGCCAUCGACGCAUCCCAGACCCCUGGCGUUGUGUCUGCAAGCAUCCUAGCAGCCUUCUCCAAAGCCACGUCCUAG